AUCUCCUCAAGUAGUAUCUCUGGACGGACAGACAGCUGCUCUGAUUGGACUGGAUCCUUCUCCAGGACAAGUCGCUCCUCCCACUCAGAGGACAGGUCAAAGAUGGCGUCGUUGGGGUGUUUUCUUCGCACCGGGAAGAAUGCCGUGUCGGUGGUCCUACGAAGGGAGUUCAGCAAGACACCUCCGGCUGCUGUGCAGGUGAAUGUCCGAGAUGCCCUCAACCAGGCCAUGGACGAGGAACUGGAGAGGGAUGAGAGAGUCUUCCUUCUCGGGGAGGAGGUGGCUCAGUAUGAUGGAGCCUACAAGGUCAGCAGAGGGUUGUGGAAGAAAUAUGGAGACAAACGCAUCAUCGACACGCCAAUCACAGAGAUGGGAUUUGCUGGCAUUGCUGUUGGUGCUGCAUUCGCCGGGUUGAGGCCAAUCUGUGAGUUCAUGACCUGGAAUUUCUCCAUGCAAGCCAUCGACCAGGUGAUCAACUCCGCUGCUAAGACCUACUACAUGUCAGCCGGAGCCCAGCCUGUCCCCAUUGUGUUCCGCGGCCCCAACGGCUCCUCUGCAGGCGUGGCAGCCCAACACUCCCAGUGCUUCGCUGCCUGGUACGGACACUGCCCCGGUCUCAAAGUAGUCAGCCCCUGGAACUCUGAGGACGCCAGAGGGCUCCUUAAAGCAGCUAUCAGGGACGACAACCCUGUGGUGUUCCUGGAGAAUGAGCUGAUGUAUGGUGUGCCUUUUGACCUGUCUGAGGAGGUUAUGCAGAAAGACUUUGUCGUACCUAUUGGAAAGGCCAAGGUGGAAAGACAAGGAACCCAUAUCACUCUAGUGUCACAUUCCCGGUGUGUGGGUUUCUGUCUGGACGCAGCGACUGUCCUGGCUAAGGAGGGGGUUGAAUGUGAGGUGGUUAACCUGCGCACCAUAAGGCCCCUGGAUGUGGACACCAUUGAGGCCAGUGUGAUGAAAACCGGCCAUCUGGUCACAGUGGAGGGGGGCUGGCCCCAGUACGGAGUGGGGGCUGAGAUCUGUGCCAGAGUCAUGGAGGGCCCAGCCUUCAACUACCUGGAUGCCCCUGCAGUCCGCGUGACCGGUGUCGACAUCCCCAUGCCCUACGCUAAGAUCCUGGAGGACCACAGUGUACCUCAGAUCAAAGACAUCAUCUUCUCAGUCAAGAAGGUCUUGAAUAUGUAAACAUGCCAAAUGUCUCCCUCCGACCCCUCCGUUACUUGCAGACCAACCUUAUUUACCUUCUCAGUAUUUACUUAUACAAUAGUAAGUACUGCAGGAAGUACGUAUCCCCCCCCCCCCCCCCCACCCUCCCAUGUCAAUUUACCCCCCCACCCUCCCAUGUUAAUUUACCCCCCCACCCUCCCAUGUCAAUUUACCAGUAAAUAUACGCACAUCGCUACGGGAACAUAGUUCUUAUUCACAUCACGUGGCUACGGGAACAUUGUCCUUAUUCAGAUACAUUAAUACCUACAAUGACUUGCUCUUCUGUUUCCUGAUUGGAUGGGGGACAAAGAAGACGGUGAUGUCAAGUAAAACCAAGUCAUAUAGUAUGGAUCUGUCAUUGAUCCAUUGGUGAAAAGAAACUCUCUAAGAAGAAGAAUACAUUGUGGAUUGUAAAGGAAGUGUAUUUCUUAUUGUAACAUCAUCAGACUAUUUUAUUGCUAUAAAUUGCUCUGUUACAGAAAUAAAACUCCCAUUUUAUCAGUCUUGAAA